AUGUGUGUCCAGUUGGCGUGUCACCAUGGAGUAAAGGUCCUGACCACAGCUCACUCCCAACCCCAGCAGGCCCUCCUGGAGCAGCUGAGGCCCAGCGUGGGUGUUCAGGAUCCUUUAGUAGCCCGGGUCAUCCCCGUUUAUAAGGAGCCAUCGGAGCUGCUGGCCGCUGUUAUGGAGGAGACGGGGGGGCUGGGAGUGGACAUAGUCGUGGAUUCUGGAGUCCGUCUGCAUGAGGGGGAGGAGGAGGAGAAACUCCUCCCACACAAACACGACCUCAUCGGUGUGCUGGGAGUGGGGGGGCACUGGGUGACCUCCCACCCGGACCUGCAGCUGGACCCCCCCGACUGCAGGCUGCUGCAUUUAAAAUCGGCCUCUCUGUCUUUCCUCAACCCCGAAAUCUGGACGGCCUCGGCCGCCCAGCAGGGGCGAUACCUCCACAUUCUUAAGGAUAUCGUGGAGAAGAUGUCUGCCGGGGUCCUCAGACCCCAAACGGACGAAGCCGUCCCUCUCUACGAAGCCACGGUCGCCAUGGAGACCGUCCAGCGUCACCCCAAGAAAAAAGCCGUGGUUCAGCUCUGA